CUCUUUUAUGUUCUUCAGAGAAAACCAAAAGAAAAAACAGAGUAAAACUCUUGAAAAGCAGAGCUUCUAGAGCGCUUUUUUUUUUUCCGCUAAAUUCAAACGCAGAGACGAACGAUCGGAGUGAUGGGAGAUGUAAUAUUAUUAAUCGAAGAUACCGAUUUGAAAUCGAGUUUCUCUCGCUGCAGAAUCUGUCAUGAAGAAGAAGAAGAAGCCGAGAGCUACUUUGAAGCUCCUUGUUCUUGCUCAGGAACCGUCAAGUUCGCUCACAGAGAUUGCAUACAACGGUGGUGCGAUGAGAAAGGAAACACGAUAUGUGAAAUUUGUCUCCAGGAGUACAAACCUGGAUAUACCACAACUUUAAAACCAUCUCGAUUGAUUGAAGCAGCAGUCACAAUCAGAGAUAAUUUACGUACAGCGAGGAGAGAAAAUGGAGGAAGAAGAAAUAGUAGAAGAUUAGUGGAAAGAGCUGAAUCAGAUUAUCCAGACUGCAACUCUCGUGGUGAUAGAAGCGCCUCUUGUUGUAGAUACUUGGCUCUCAUUUUCUCGGUGGUUUUGUUGAUAAAGCAUGCCUUUGAUGUGGUUUACGGAACCGACGAGUAUCCCUUCACGAUUUUCACGGUAUUAACAUUGAAGGCCAUUGGUAUACUAUUGCCAAUGCUUGUUAUCAUUCGGACCAUCGCAGCUAUUCAGAGCAGUAUCCGACAUCAAUUUCUCGAAUCUGAAGAAGAUACGUGGAGCUCUGGAGAAGAAGAUGAUGGCUCGGAGGAGGAAGAGCAACAGCAACAUUUGGCUUGAUUUUUGUUUUUCUUUCUUCAAAACUUGUUGACUUAUUGUACAUAUUACAAACUACAUAUAACUGUAACUAAUCGGAGGGAUGUAUUUCGUCAUGCAAAUAUUAUUUUGUUUUUU